CUGAUGGAUAACGCCGUCUCCCUAUGAAAGAGCCACACUGGAGGGCGGGUCUCAAUCCAAGCGACUGAAAAGAAGACUUCAGGAGGCUUACCAACGGACGUCGCGAGGUUGUGGUUCUUUCUGCAGAGUUUCUUCCCUGUGGGAACUGCUCUGAGGAACCGCCCUCCCGACUUCUGACUGACAUGGGGGCUUCUGAGAGCUGCCCAGCAACGCCCACCUGCAAACCUUUGCUUAAUAAGCACCUGGCAUAUGUCCAUGAUCCAAGAUCACCCACAGCUGGGAUCCUGAGAACUCCUAUUGAGGUGCAAAACUCACCCCAGGAAAGUCCCCUUACUAUUCUUAAGGAUCAUGAUGAUGUGAUUGCUGAUAAACAAGAUUUGAGCUGGGAUCCUCGCUCCCCAACACCUGGAAUCUCACGCACACCUAUGAAAGAUGUACUUGCUGAUGUCCUGAGCUCCCCAGUGAAGCAGCUCAGCGAAGCCUUUCUAACAGAAAACAUGGAGGAGAAACUGUCCCUGGAGGAGUCUCAUCACGAGGUCCAGAAGCCUGACAUGAAGUCUGUGACAGAAGUGGCCUCAGAAGAGACCAAGUGUGUGGAAGUCUCACAGGGGGAUCCUCUAGGGGCAGAAGAAGAGAAAAAUGAGCGUCCUCCCACCAGUGUUGCAGCUGUAGCCAAGCCAGCUCCUCUCACCAGUGCCCUUCCUCCUGCAGGGGUCAAGCCAACGAGACGCAGGGUGAACAACAAAAUGCGGACAGUGUCAACAGGUGCUGGGCGGCCUCCCCUGAGCAUCCUGCAGGAUGACAAUUCCCCAAGUGCCCUUCUUCCUCAUCAGAGUAAAAGGGGUUUAUCAGUAGCGGAUGGCCAAGUGGAACUCAAGGAGGGAAUGUUCAACUCUGGAAGGAUCCUCAAAGCAGGUGGCUGUAACCGGCCUUCCUUCAACAAGGAGAAUCAGCGGCAGCAUUUGCUGGAAAACUAGUAACUCUCAGAGGCUCCAGUGAAUACUGCCCUCUGGCAAGGAAGCUUCCAAAGUGUACAGAUGGAGAUAUGGUAUCCAGACUUUGCCUCCUUUGCCGCUUGGCUUGCCAGUUCUGUCCUAGACAAGGCAGGAAGUACUGUAGUCUAUAUAUUCCUUUCCUCACUAGUAUUGUAUUUGUUUAAUUAUGUACAGAUCUUGUAUUUAGCUUUUUUAAAUAACUUUCCUUUACUGCCAAAUUUCUGUGUUGUCUGUCUGGAAAAUAAACUUGACUUUGUAAUAAGA